AAAAUGUCGCUCUCAUCUAUCCUUUCCGUUGACGCCAUCGACAGCGCCAUCAAGGACUGCCAAGCACCGGAUUCGUUCUGCCCGAAGAAGUUCUUCCAGCUGUGCGGCCUCACCAAGAAAAGCCCCCAGGAGGUGAAGAAGGUUUUCGGGUUACUGGACAACGACGGCAGCGGCUUCAUCGAGGAGGAGGAACUGAAGUUCUUCCUCCAGAGGUUCUCCCCCGGGGCUCGUGUCCUCACCGACACCGAGACCAAGGCCUUCCUGUGCGCUGCCGAUGACGACAGCGAUGGGAGGAUCGGCGUCGACGAGUUCCAGGCCAUGGUCUUGUCCUAA